AUGUCCCGUUUAGGUAAAAACGACUACACGUACCCAGACCUGCUGACGCUCUUCAUCGUGCUGCUGGUCACCGCCUUCAUCGCUCUGGGCGUCAGGAACUCUGUCGGCUUCAACAACGUCCUGAACGUGGUCAAUCUGGUCGUGUGGGUCUUCAUGAUCAUCGCCGGACUGUUCUUCAUCUCUGCUUGCAACUGGGAGGGAGGGAACUUUCUGCCCUAUGGAUGCUACCAUGUCACCGUGGGGGAGUUUGUGGCCUUCUUCAUCGGCUGGAACCUGAUUCUGGAGUAUUUGAUCGGCACAACAGUCGGGGCCUCGGCGCUCAGCAGCAUGUUCGACUCUCUGGCCAAUCACACCAUCAGCCACUACAUGAUCACUCACCUGGGGACUCUGCGAGGCCUGGGUAAAGCACAUUUAUGA